CGAAGGCGUUUUGUUAAUAAGAGCCCGGUCUGAACAUUAAAACGCAUCGCGGUUUUGGAAACAUACGGCCCUUAUCUUUCAUGGCAGGGAGAAAUCUUUUUUUUAUUUUUUUUAACUAAAGGUUAAAUUGAUAAAACACCAUUUUUAUAGGAUUCCGACACGGGUUAUAUUUCCAUGUUAUAUAGCACGUGUUUACAGAAAACGGACUGAAGAUGGUGGACUACCUGGGCUAAUUGUAACUACCUGCGUCUCCGAACACCUGUGCCUUGGCUGAAGAUGGAUGCAGUUCCCUGCAGUUGGAACACAACAAGAGUUCAGGAGUCGUUUGCUCGGACUAAGCCUGCCUCAGACACUCUAACAAAGCUGGCAAAACUUGUUGCACAAAAGCAAGAUAGUCAAAGCCAAAACCAACUACUGCCUGAUGUGUGCCCGUGUGUGUGCGCACAGUGCAGCCAGGGAUUCUCUGACAUGGCUGAGUUAUUGCACCACCAGCAGGGAGAACAUGCCUUACGUAAGUGUCAUUGCUGCCUUUCCUGUGGCAAAGAGUUUUCUCUCCUAUCCUCUUUGCAGUUGCACAAGUGCAUUCAUGAUGCUGCUCCUUGUCAGGUCUGUUGUGGUAAAACCCAGCUAGGUGCUCCAUGCAGUGCAUGCAAGGCUUCAACCUCAGACUCUCAGAGUGUCCGGGAUAAGUCCCGUUAUCACCAGUCUCACCAUCAUGAUAGCAGAUCAUAUGCCUGUGCUCCGUGUGGUAAAAGCUUUAGCCAAAAGCAAUCUCUGCUUCGCCAUCAGCAGGCUGGCUGUAGUAAAUCUGCCACGCGAACUGCAAAAGUUGUCAGCCCUCCCGCGGACUCUCCCUCGCCUGAAUCUGCCAUCUUGGACUCCUCUCCCCCUGACUCUCCCCCAACUGAUGCCACUAGUGCCCCAGAUCCCGACAGGCCAAGUCAAUGCUCACUUUGCGCCAAGAGGUUUCGCUCAGGGGCUGGCCUUGCAUGCCAUCAGCGAUCCACCCAUCGGAAGGAGUGGAUCAUCUCCAAGUAUCCUCUACUAAAAGGAGGAUGCACAAAUGGGGUUCAUAGAUUAUCGAAGCAGAUGGCUGGGCCACCCCAACCAAAAAGAAGAGGCAGAAAGAGCCAGCUCCUCUCCUGUCGUUCCUGUGACAGGGUCUUCCUAAGCACUGCCAAGCUGUACUUGCACAGACAAGAGUCUCACAGCAGAGAGAAGGAUAUCAGAAGAGAUCCAAGGCCGCUGAUUAGCAAGCGGAGGAAAAGGGAGACUUACCCCUGUGACGUUUGUGGUAAAGUGUUCUUGCACCAUUUGUCACUUAAAGCACACGUCAAGAAUCAUAGUCGAGAACCACCAAGCCAUGUUCAGCAGGUUGGGAAAGCAGCCAAGGAGAGCAAGUUAGGUGAGAAGACGCCAAAAAAGCCUAAAGGCAACAUAUCACGGAAGGUGGGAGGAACAUUGGUCAAGGCUAGCAGAGGGAGACCAAAGAAAAUUCCCAUGAAAGAGGAAGAGGGAGAGUUUCCUUGCCCGUCUUGUGCUGAGGUGUUUUCUUUUCAGUCUGCUCUGAAGGAGCAUGAGGAACUGCAUCAGCCUACAGGGAGUAUGAGACACUGCAGCGUGUGCAGUCAGGGCAUGGGUAUCUCUAAGAAGCCUGGGGCCAAGCUUCGGAGGGCCUACCAUUGUGUUCCCUGCCUGAAGGCUUUUGUAACACUGGACACUUUCUUACAACAUUGUCAAGAUCACCUCGUUGACAGUGGCGAUGAGGAAGGGAGCAAUUUAUGACCCUGACAGCAAAAUGUGAGAUGAUGUUUUUUUUUUUAACAAGCUGUACUGAGUUCCCCAAGAGAAUAUCAUGUGUUCGUGUACAUUUAAAAAUAUGUUUAGACCACUCGCCAGAAUAGCUGUUUUAAUGUAAUUCAUAUCAACAUGCGAUUCAAGUUGCAACAAAACAUUUUUUUCUUGUGUGUGAUGUCUGAUACCAUUAAUUUUGUGUGACUGACUAACAGUGGUACGCUGUGAAAGCAGUACAGAAACAGUCUUACGAGGCCUAAAUCCUCUUGAUCCUAAAUCCUCUUCAUUUAGAUAUUUUAUAUUCCUUUACAAAUGUUGGAUCGGAUCCAACCAUCCAUUUGUCAUUAUGGUUUAAAUUAAAUGAAUAUACGCAAUAACUCAUUUAGUAUUGUUGCCGCGGCAGUUUUUUAAAAUCUCAAUAUCAAAUCAUUUCUGGUUAACAAUACCUUACUGUGUUAUUUGUUUUCAAUUCAAAUGGUCAAAAUGGAACAAAAAUAGUAGCUUCUUUGCAAAGAGCAAUUUCUCAAGCAAGAAUUUAGCUAGGACUGUCUGGAAGUGGUCUGAGUGGGGAGGGGAAAACUGAACGCUGUUAUUGGGAUUGAGGUUUGGAACUCUUUCUUAUUUGCUAUUAAUUAAUUAAUUCAUCUACCCUACACAAAUUUACUCCAUGACACCAAAACUGACAUUUCAGGACGUCUUUCCAAACAGCUCUUACACUAAAAGGGCAUUAUCAUAAUUUUCAUAAUUUCACAGUAUUAUUCCAACCUCACAGUGUGGAAAGAGACACGGAGUAUAACAAACACUAUGAACUCCUUCCUGUUAUUGAGAUGCCCCUCUCCUUUUGCCCUCAGAACAGCCUCAAUUCGUCAGGCUAUGGACUCUAAACAAAAAAACAUUGAACUUUUAGAUUUUUUUUAUUUGGUACAGGAAAACUUUUUUUUACAUUUUAUUUUUUAACUCUUGAUGACAUUGGACUUGUGUGACACUGAUUUAGCAUUAAUUUACUAAUUAUUUAUCUCUGUCCGUCUGUCUUGUGUGUGAUGCAUACUCAUGGAGCCAGUUAAGACAAUGUGAUGUAAUAUAACAUGGAUAUUAUGCAAAACAAGCAGUGAUUGCAACCUUGCUGCUACUGUUGGUUUAGAAAUGAGUUUACCAGGUUAUCCAUUUAUUUUCUGCAGUUUAGUAAACCAAAAACAGAAGAAAAUAAGGCUUAAAGGGAGACCUUGAGCUUCAACACUCUCUUAGUUGUUGUGGAAAUAGACCCACUAUGCUGUUUUACUUUCUGCGUCUAUUUUUGCAUCUUUUUUAAAGAAAGUCAUGUUUUAUUUAGGGGAAAAAAGGUUUUUAAGUUUCUACUUCAGGAAAGUGCCUUUUGUGUCCCGAGUUAGCAACCUUGUCUUAGAAAAUACCUCAUUAAAAGUAUUCUCCCAUGA